AACUAGCUCUAUUUGCAUUGCCUCAUUCAUCAAAUGCUGUCACCCAAAGUUGCUUAAUUCAAGUGUGUGCGUAUAUCAGUAAAGUUGGAAUAUAACUGCAUCAACUACUACCAGUGUUAAUGACAGGAAACCUCACUAUUUGAGACCAUUCCUUCAUAUUUAUAACUUAGCUGAGACAAUUGAAAUACUAUAUUUUAACUCAACUGAAGCCUGAAAAAUGAAGCCUGAAAUGAAAUAUUCAACCACCAAAAUUUCCUCAGCAAAGAUGAGCAGCUCCUCAGGCAAAGCCCUGGUAAAAUCUCCCAGGUUGAGAAAACCCCUACAGAAGGCCAAAGAAGUUUGCCAGAUGUACUUUAUGCAGCUACGCUCUGGCCUCAUCAUAAAAAAGGCCUGUUAUUUUAGGAAAGAAACCACCAACGGGCAUUCACGAAAAACAGCUGGAAAGUACAAGGAGCAACGUUUGUUUUUGUCUGACAGUCCGAGGUUCCUGAAUAAGUCUGUAGACUUCACCUUUGAUGUACCUAUGGUCAGGAAAUGUACUAGAGCAAAUGAUGGUUCUUCAAGUAUCCAAGAAUGUUCUGUUUCCUUGAGCACAUACAAUGAUCAAUCCAUUACUUUUCUUUUUGUGGAUGGAGGUUAUGAGAUCUCUGUUGAAGAUUUGGGAAAUAACCAAAAAAAAGACAAGGUGUUAUUCCGUUACUAUGAUUCGCAAAUCACCACAAGUGAAACAGGUGAUGGUGUUGAUGGUCAGAUAGUAAUGGUAAGCCUGAGUCCUACAAAUGACAAAGAUGUCUUGCUGCAUGCCAACAACAAGGAGCACUCUGUGGAGCUACAAAAAUGUGAAACCCCGUUUCCAGACCAGACCUUCUUUCUCCUUCACAAGGAGCCCUCAUCCUCCAAAUGGGUUUCAUUUGAAUGUAAGAGCAAUCCUGGAGUGUUUAUAGGAGUAAAGGAUAACCAACUUGCUCUAAUUAAAUUAGGGGACCAAACUGAGGGUUCAAGUAGAGAGAGUAUCAUAUUUAAGCUCUCUUAAACUUAAUGUGAUAGAAAGCUGUGGGCCCUGGGCUGGGUAGCCCAAAUAGCUACCACUGAAGAAGGGAUGAGAAAUUUUAAGAAGAGAAAGAGAUAACAUUUAAGGGAAAUAAAGAAUGCUUAGCAUACUGUGGAAUAUUUUCCUCAUUAUGUAUAAAAAUACUUUUUGCAAUCCUCCAGUUCUUUUCUUUAUUUGCCUCUGUAUACUCAAUACAAGUAUUAGUGUAUUACAUAUGGUAUUGGUAAAGAGACCCACGAACAUUCUGAAGAGAUACAGGCCUUUACUUUUUGCUACUUUCAGUCCAGAAAGAACUUCAUAUUUAGAGCUGAGACCUCUGGAGAGAAGCAAGAGCCUUAUUUUCAUUUUAGACAAGGAUCCAUUUUAAAGAGCUACGUAGGGACAUAAUUUUCCCUGGUUGCAAAUAAUGGGAUGAAACACUAGAGCUGCUAGUAAAAACACAAUCAGAUGCUACAUAGAUUGACCAUUUCACAACUGCAAUAAAACACCAUGUUUGUGGAUGUCUGAAACUUCCGGUGCCAACAUGGCUAGGCAGGUAAUAUAAAUAUGUGAAAAAGGCAAGUAUAAUUUAACAAUUAAGAAAAAUAAAUCCAGUACUUGUAAAGUGAAUAAUUUUACCUCUGAUUGUUUCAUUUUUAAAAUUCUGAUUUCUAUAGACUGAGUUAACUAUAAACAAGGCACUCUUACAUUAAGAAGUGAAAUAAAUUUUAGUUCAGACACAGAAUUGGCAUCAUUAGAAAUAUCUAACAAACAAACAUUUUUUGAACAAACACUAAGCAACAACAUAAGUUAGGACAUCCGAGUAUUAUGGUGGGGCCAGAAGUCCUCUAACCUAGUAGAUUCUAGGUGGAACACAGGAUUAACAUUACAGUUUCAGUAACUGGCUAUCCCUUAUGUUUGUGGCAUACCAUGUCCUUCUGACUCAGGCUUCCAAGAACCAAUGCCUUUUAAUAUACUUGUCACCUUGGACAAAAUUUCUUCUAAUCCUUUCUUCCCAUGUGCACAAGUCUUUUUGUUGGCCAGCUUCACAAUGACCAAUGCCCCCCCACUAUGAAAUAUUCAUUUGAUUUCUGUUUUUUCUUCAUUUUUUUUGACCCACUGUGUCCUUAAUAUAUCUUUGGCACACCCUGAGCUGAGCUGCAUGUCACCUGACAUCUGGAUGCCAACACCUUUAUUCUACUUUGUUUACCUGAUGUUAUAAAAUUUUACAUAAACCUAUUGAUGGCAAUAUUUUUAUUAAACAUCUUCAUAUUUUACUGUUAGUAAAAUUCAUACUCAACUACAUAAUAACAUUUUCAACUACUAAUGGAAUAGAUUUUGCUUAUUUAAGGCCUUAACAAUUUCUACUACAAUUUUUCAUAGGCUUAACACUGACAAUAAAUGGUAAACAUAAGAGAACACUUAUGAAAUGACUUUUUCUGAAAAUGUAGGCUUUUUAUUUCUAAUUUGUUGAGAUCUAUUGGCUAUAAUUGCUGGUGGAACAUGAGAUAAAAGAGGCUGAGAAUUACUGUGUGGGGGAAAAUAAUUGUUGGACAAUAUAUCUUUGUUUCAUUAUUUUGUCAAUAGCUUUACUAUAGAGACAAAAAUAAAAGCAGAAUCUAUAUCAUCCCUUUUGAAAAACA